CCACUCUCGUCUCUCCCCACAUCUUCACGUUCCCUACACAGUACAGAGAUUUCUCAAUUUCUCUAAACCUUGCCAUGUUUUCAAAGAACCCACCUGUAAUGCCGCUUUGUGCGUGCCAAGAGCUUUGAUUCUUUUACUUUAGGAGCAAAAAUUUCAUAAAUAUCCGAUAAAGUGAGCACCACAAGCUCUUGCUUGCCGACAUCUGAGGCCCACCUCAUGGAGUGUUGCGAUAUAUGUGGGGCCACUGGUGUUGCUGAAGCUAUAAUUACUUGCUCCCAAUGUAAAACAAAUUGUGAGCAUUUGUAUUGCAUGAGAGUCCGUAUUGAGGAGCACUUCGAUGAGUGGCAAUGUAGAGAAUGUGAAUCUAAAUCGAAACAAAAGCCAGUAACCAACUCUUUGGGUGAACACAAGAUUGAUGAGCUUCUUUUAGAGAGCCAGAAAUUGCUUAACGAGUCAAGGAGCCGUCCAUUUCAUCUGGAAAAAAGGGUUGCAACGGGGAAAACUAAGUACCUCAGUGCUGAAGAAGCUAUGAAGCUCUCAUCAGGGCAGAAUAAGUCGUUGGCCUCUACCAGUGUUCGACACAUGAAAAACUCGAGAAAUGAGAGGACACCUGUCAAGCCUAGAACUGUACCACGAGGUUUCUCACCAAAAGUGGGUCCUGCUUUGGGACACUUGGCACAAUCAAAGCCUGAAAGACCUCGAAAUGCGGAGGUUCAUGAGAGAGGUCCGAGGAAGUUCAAGAUGCUCUCAGAAUUGCAAAGAUCAGUGAGCAACCUCAACCGUUCUCAAGACCCUACAAACAAACAGAUGAAAGAGCAAAGGCCAAGAGAAGUUCAAUCGCCUCAAGCAAAGGCCAAAAUAUUAAUGAAACCGCCCUCAUCUACACCACCACCACCGCCACCGCCACCUCAGCUACCACCACUGCCACCUCAGCUACCACCACUGCCACCUCAGCAACCACCACCGCCAUCUCAGCAACCACCAGUGCCACCUCAGCUACCCCCACCGCCACCUCAGCUACCACCACCGCCACCUCAACAACCUCCGCCACCACCUCCACCACCACCGCCACCUGUAUUGCCUCCACCACCACCUCUACCACCGUCUUAUGUCUCAACGUACAACAUUUUAGGCAAGAACAGUGGUACUCGUGUCACAACCAUUCAACCGAGGACUUCUAAUGCAGAGAAUGUCAAUAACAAUAUUUUGCCUGAUUUACUCGAAUGUUCAUGCUCUCCUGCUUUGGAUGCUUUGUGGAAGGGGAACUUCAGCAUACUGGAUGAUCAUAGACAUGGCAAGCUGAAUUAUCAAAUCCGAGCUCAUCCACCUUCCAAAGUUCGACGAAAGAUCUAUGAAUUCUCGAAGAAGAUGCCUGAAGUUCUCCAAUUUGAGCUGGUUCCACUCAAAGAACUCUGGAUCAAUUUAUUCAAGGGGCUUAUACCAGAUGAAAAAGACAUUGGACUAUAUUUCUUUCCCAGUGCUCGAGAGAGAUCUGAGGACUACAUCACCCUACUGGAGUCCAUUAGUGCUAAAAACUUGGCAUUAAGGAAACAGAUAUCUGAUGUUGAGCUCCUCAUAUUCACCUCCAAACUAUUGCCAGUCAAUUGCCAAUGCUGGGAAGGAAAAAACUUCCUGUGGGGCAUCUUUCAUCGCCUGAAAAAAGACUCGACCACUCGGCUGGAAAAUCAAGAGGUCGACAUGGACAUCGACAUGAUCGGCGGCAUUCAUGUCGGGAUGAAGGACGUUCUCGUCCAAAGGGAACCUCUCAGAAACAGACGACUUGUCUUCAACAUGGACUCCGCGGACCCCACGCCACAGGAUGAGAAUCGCUGGAUGGGAGCUCCUUUGCUUGAUGUGAAGAUAAAGAGUGAAGAUGAUGCUGUGCCUCCUGGAUUUGAGGAGGUGCAUAGGAUGAGAAUCGAGAAGGAUAAAUCGGGCAGUGGCAACCGUCUCAGUUGUUUUCCUCGCUCGUUUGGCGGGAAGGUGAGUUCGGACAACUUGUGAAUUUUGUGAUUAGUUCGAGAGGUUUAUCGAUGGGUUGUGGUGUAGAGCAAUGAUUUGAUUUUGAUGUGGCUAAUAUGCUUGAGUUUUUGUACAAAUGUAGACUCAAGAUUGUGGAAGGUAGUUUGUUGUUUUUGUUCAUUGCUAAGCAAGGAUAUUGGUUGGUGAGAUCAUUGUUGACCUAUUUACUUACUCACUUUGUUAAAAUUCUGGUCUUGGCUAUAGUAAUAUGUGAU